GUGAUGGCUCCACGACUUCUCCCUGACGGGCUGUAUGACCCCGACCGGCUGCUGCUGGCAACAUUAUGACAACAGAGAAGAGUUUAGUGGCUGAGGCUGAAAAUUCACAGCACCAACAACAGAAGGAAGAAGGUGAGGGAGCCACAAAUUCUGGCCAACAAGAAACUCAGCUGGAGGAGCCUUAUCAAGAGGCAGCUGAAGGAGAUAAUCAGUGUGAACAGAAGCUGAAAACAUCUAAUGGAGAUACUCCUACACAUGAAGACUUAACCAAGAACAAGGAACGGACAUCAGAAAACAGGGGCUUAUCACGGCUGUUCUCCUCGUUUCUCAAAAGGCCUAAGUCUCAGGUGUCUGAGGAAGAAGGCAAAGAAGUAGAGUCAGCUAAAGAGAAAUGUGAAGGAGGUCAGAAGGAGAUAGAAUUUGGAACCGGCCUUGAUGAAGAGAUCAUUUUAAAGGCCCCAAUUGCAGCUCCUGAACCUGAACUCAAAACAGACCCAUCCUUGGAUCUUCAUUCAUUAAGCAGUGCAGAAACACAGCCUGCCCAGGAAGAACACAGAGAAGACCCAGAUUUUGAAACUAAAGAAGGAGGAGGACUUGAAGAGUGCUGUAAAAUAGAAGUGAAAGAAGAAAGUCCUGAAUCAAAAGCAGAAAGAGAAUUACAAACUUCCCAGAAAUCAAUCAGAAGACACAGAAACAUGCAUUGCAAGGUUUCUUUGUUGGAUGACACAGUUUACGAAUGUGUUGUGGAGAAACAUGCUAAGGGACAGGAUUUGCUUAAACGAGUGUGUGAGCACCUCAAUCUUUUGGAAGAGGACUACUUCGGACUAGCCGUUUGGGAUAAUGCAACCUCUAAGACAUGGCUGGAUUCUGCCAAAGAAAUAAAAAAGCAGGUUCGUGGUGUCCCCUGGAAUUUCACCUUUAAUGUCAAGUUUUAUCCACCUGACCCAGCACAGUUAACAGAAGAUAUAACAAGGUAUUAUUUAUGCCUCCAGCUUCGACAGGACAUAGUUGCAGGACGUCUGCCCUGUUCCUUUGCAACCUUAGCGCUAUUAGGUUCUUAUACCAUCCAGUCUGAGCUGGGAGACUAUGACCCAGAACUUCAUGGUGCGGAUUAUGUUAGUGAUUUUAAACUGGCCCCAAAUCAGACCAAGGAACUUGAAGAGAAGGUCAUGGAACUGCAUAAGUCAUACAGGUCCAUGACUCCAGCUCAAGCUGACCUGGAAUUUCUUGAGAAUGCCAAAAAGUUGUCUAUGUAUGGUGUUGACCUUCAUAAAGCAAAGGACUUGGAGGGAGUGGAUAUCAUCCUAGGUGUCUGCUCUAGUGGCCUUCUGGUUUAUAAAGAUAAGCUGAGAAUUAACCGCUUUCCUUGGCCUAAAGUGCUGAAGAUUUCUUACAAACGUAGCAGCUUUUUCAUCAAGAUUCGACCUGGAGAGCAAGAGCAAUAUGAAAGUACCAUUGGAUUCAAACUUCCCAGUUACCGAGCAGCUAAGAAAUUAUGGAAAGUCUGUGUAGAGCAUCACACAUUUUUCAGACUGACAUCUACAGACACCAUUCCUAAAAGCAAAUUUCUUGCCCUGGGAUCCAAAUUUCGAUACAGUGGCCGGACUCAGGCUCAGACCAGGCAAGCUAGUGCUCUGAUUGACAGGCCUGCUCCACACUUUGAGCGUACAGCAAGCAAACGGGCAUCCCGGAGCCUUGAUGGAGCAGCAGCUGUUGAUUCAGACAGAAGUCCUCGGCCCACUUCUGCACCAGCCAUUGCUCAGAGUCAGGUCACAGAAGGCAGUGUUCCAGAUGCAUCUGUCAAAAAAACAGUGGUCUCUAAAGCACAGAAGGAAACAGUGAAGUUCGAAGUGAAAAAGGAAGAAGAGCCACCGGAGCAAGCUGAGCCGGAGCCCACAGAAGUGUGGAAGGUGGAAAAAACCCACAUCGAGGUCACAGUACCUACCUCAAAUGGUGACCAAACACAGAAGCUUGCAGAAAAAACGGAAGAUCUGAUAAGAAUGAGGAAGAAAAAGAGAGAGAGACUAGAUGGUGAAAACAUUUAUAUCAGACAUAGCAAUUUAAUGUUGGAGGAUUUAGACAAAAGUCAAGAAGAGAUAAAAAAACAUCAUGCCAGCAUCAGUGAGCUGAAAAAGAACUUUAUGGAAUCUGUACCAGAACCACGGCCUAGUGAAUGGGAUAAACGCUUAUCCACUCACUCCCCAUUCCGAACACUUAACAUCAAUGGGCAGCUUCCCACAGGAGAAGGACCUCCCCUGGUGAAGACUCAGACUGUCACCAUCUCAGAUACUGCCAGUGCUUUGAAAAGCGAAAUCCCAACCAAAGAUGUCCCUAUUGUUCACACUGAGACCAAGACCAUCACUUAUGAGGCUGCCCAGACUGAUGAUAGCAACGGAGACUUGGACCCAGGAGUCUUGCUAACAGCUCAGACCAUCACAUCUGAGACCACAAGCAGUACAACCACAACUCAGAUUACCAAGACUGUAAAAGGUGGGAUUUCAGAGACACGGAUUGAGAAGAGAAUUGUGAUCACAGGAGAUGCCGAUAUUGACCAUGAUCAGGUCCUCGUACAGGCCAUCAAGGAGGCAAAGGAGCAGCACCCAGACAUGUCAGUGACCAAGGUGGUCGUCCAUCAGGAGACCGAAAUCUCUGAGGAAUGAGCUCAGGAACUAUCCUACCCCAACUCCCCGCCUGUCUCCCAUCCAAGAGAAAACCAGCAAAAUGAUAAAGAAGCUUUCCUGCAAUAGUCAGACAUCAGACUUUGAAAAUUACUCUAAACCACCAGAAAAUUUCACUUUCUAUUUGGAAUUUAUACCAAGAGAGUCUUCUAGACAUCACUGGUUCUUUUAAUACUUUUUCUACAUUGUGAUACCAGAAAUUGUUCAACUUUUCACUCUAUGGACUGUUUUUAAAGAGCUUUUUGGUUUUUUUAUGGGGUGGUUUGUAACCCCUUUAACCUAGCCUCUCUCCAUUUAUUUCCAACCCAGAUCCUGACAGGUCCACAGAAUUCUUGGGGAAAUCCUCCAAAGAUUCUGUCAGCUGUGUUGGGGGCCAAAGCCAGCUUAAUGGGGCUUUCCUGCUCGUCCCCUAGUUUUAUACCCUUUGGAUGUCAGCAGAAACUUCAUUCACCAGCCCUUUCUCAGAGCCAAUGAUGUGACUUUACCAUGUGAGGCAGGGCAGCUGUCCUGAUCCACAGGCCCCAGGAAAACGUCCCU